AUGGCAGACGAAGCUACCACAAAGGACGCCAGCGAGCUUGGACUCGAUGAGACUACUGAGACCUUUGACAUUGACCUGUUUGGAGGUGGCGACGAACAAAGUGGCUUCCAUACGAAGAACGAUCCCAGCGCGCCAUUUCAGCGUACAAACGUGACCAACCGCAAGGGCGCCAUCGAUAUCAAGUGCAAUCUCGUCGAUGUCGUCCACGGCAAAUUCGACCCCGACGGGGACGAGUACGCGACCCUCAUCGUGCUGCUGUUCCGCUUUGACCCGCGGAAGCGUGCCCGGCGCGUGGCCGAGGCGCAAAUCUCGCUGGUCUUCGACGGCCUCACAGAGGACGACCCGCGGCCCGUUGUGGAGGCAAUUUCCUUCGAUGGACGCUAUUCCGUCGCGCCGACGACGCAGUCCGAGUCUGUGACCCGGGGAGCUGAGGGCACUCUCGGCCUCAGCGCCAUCCAAGGCGCCGAGCUGUCGGGUGGUCUCAAGGUCGAGAAGACAGUGACGCGCGACAUGGAGCACUUCACAACAGUCAUUGGGUCGGUGGACCUCAUCGGCUACAACUACGGCGAGCCCAACUGCGCGACCUGGUCGCUUAUCGAGAACGAGGCGCGCGAGACAGGUGUGCCGGCUGCCGUGAGGGCGGGGAUCCUGCUGCGACGGACGGAGGAAGAGGCCAGGUUCAAAGCGACGAUCAAGAUUGAAGUCAAGGCCGAUUUUAAGACUUCGAUGGAGCGCUUCUUUGGUGGAAAGCCGAAAGAUGACCCUGUGCUCUUCGACCCCGCGAAGAAGCCGACAAACAAGCUCAUGGUGUAUGACACGGAGGAUCUGGGGGCCUUGGACCUGGAGAAGGUUUCAGACGUCACGUUCCUGACUGUGAGAGACGGUGCAGUGAAGAAGAUUGGAUCAACACAGUGA